AUGCAGCAUCUCACAGAACAAGACAAUGACUCUCAAGACGAAGAUGACUGCUGGACCCCCCUCCAAAUCGCCGCCCGCGAAGGCGACCUCUCCGCCAUCCACGCCGCCCUCGCCUCAGGAGCAGACGUCAACGCCCCGCCGCGGGGGUACUACGGCCGCACAGCCCUCCAAGCCGCCUGCGAAGCCUCUCACGGCGCCGUGGUCUCGGCGCUCCUCGCAGCCGGCGCCGAAGUCAACGACCGUCCCGGGAACAACGGCGCCAAGAACGCGCUGCAGAUCGCGGCGGGGAAGCCGGACUUGGCCAUCGUUAGAACACUCCUAGACCACGGCGCCGAUGUCAACGUGCCCGCGUCGCAAUACUUUGGAAUGACGGCGCUGCAGGGUGCCUGUGCCGCGGGGUUAGACGACACCGUCGCGCUGCUGCUAGAGCACGGUGCGGACGUGAAUGCGCCCCCAGCCCCGACGGCCGGUCGAACGGCGCUCCAGGCUGCGUGUGAGGGCGGAUUCCUCGCGAUGGCGGCGAUGCUGAUUCAGCGGCAGGGCGCAGAGGUGGACGCGCCGGCGUGUCGGAAUCGAGGGUUCACGGCGCUGCAGGCGGCGAGCUACCGUGGGCGAGCGGGGCUUGUCGAGAUGCUCCUUACGGCGGGGCCAGCCGGGGUCGCGGGGGUUGCCAGUGGUGCCAGUGGACGAGCUGCAGGUGCGGGGGCGGAUGUCAACGCCGAAGGGAGCAGGUUCAAGGGCGGAAGGGCGCUGCAUGCUGCUGCUGAGGGGGGCCACGUGCGUGUGUGCGAGACGCUGCUGGGCGCCGGGGCCGAGAUCGAGGCUGGGACUGGAUGGGGGGGUAUGGUACGAGGGCGGACGCAGACUGCGUUGCAGUGCGCUGCUGCAAGGGGGCAUGAUGAGGUUGUGAGGUUGUUACGGAGCAGGGGGGCGACGGGAAUGGAAGGUGGAGGUGUGACUCUGUUUGGUUGA